GUAUCGCAAAUCGAUAACAGUCGUUUGCUGCAGCUAGUGGUGGGAAACAGCUGCUCUUUGCGGUCUGUUGAAGUUAUUUCAUAACAUUUAAAUAAAGGCUUAAAAUGUCUGCGGCUGAUCAGGAUCCUGUUGAAUUGAUGCUAAAGAAAACGGGCUGCAUUGAGCUACACUACAAGGUACAGGAGUGCAUCGCAGAGACUGGCGAUUGGCGCACGUGCCAAGACAAAGUCAAGGAAUUCAAGGCGUGCAUGCAAAAGUAUGUGGAUGAGCAGACCAAGAAAUACGCAGAUGUUAAGUAAAAUUAUACGUCAACUCGUAAGCGCCAGUGUCGUCGCUG